AUGUCGGAAAGCAAAGCCGACUACACGCUCGCGAUGAACGACGAUGGCGAGAUCGGGACCGACACCAAGCCCCAGCACGACCUCGAGUCGUCGCUUCCGCUGCUCGAUCGGGCGUCCAGACACGCCGCGCCGCCGCCGCCUCCGAGCCGGCGGAGUUCAGAACUGCAGUACCGCUCGGCGACGGAUCGAAUCCUGAACCACUCGGCACUGCCCGUAUUUUCUUGUGAGCUGGAACAGAAGGGAGACAGGGUAGGGGAAGGGCUAUCCGAGCUAAUGUGCGCUCUACUCGUGGCACAGACUGCGUGGCGAGCAUCCUCAUGACGGUCAGUCGCGGACCGGCCGACGCUGGCUGGGACAGGCAACCGUCCAGCCAGCCGCAUCGUCGGAGUUCCCUCUGACCUCGGAUCGGCGUCCUCAUGAGGCGGGCUAGCCUAGCUGCGAAAGAUGCUGAUGCGGUGAACUGACUCAUGUCGCGGUACCUCCCUCGUAUCUCACCAGGUCGUCAACAGUACGUGCUCCUUCCCGGACCGGCUAGAGACCACGUACCCCGGGACCAGCCAGUGACUGACUGGAACCACCCUCAUCGAUCACAGAGUACGUCGUUUCGGGCAGCCACUUCAACAUGAACUUUCUCCUGCUCGCAAUCCAGGUAGGUCCUUGACAUUUCUCCCUUCCGUAUCCAUUCAACUGACUGAAAACUUAUUUUCCAAAGAGUACGGUCUGUGUCGGUUGCGUAGCAGCGUGCAAGCAUUUCGGCGUAAGAAGCUCUCUCGGCUAGCCACUCGAGCCAUCACAUUCUGAUCUCAACGAUCCCCCUUCCCGUACGCGCCACAGGUGAUCUCAUACCGUGACUGGGAUACAAAUGAUGCACGGAAAUGGUUCCCCAUCUCGUUCCUCCUCGUCUGCGUCAUCUACACCGGAUCCAAAAGUCUCGUCAGUCGGCCUCCAAAAUCUCGAUUUCCAUUCUUCACACUUCACAAGGCUGAUCUUGUGUCAUAAUGUCGUUACUUUGUCAACCAGCAAUUCCUCACUAUCCCAAUCUACACCAUCUUCAAAAACCUCACAAUGUGAGCUGUUUCCGGCCCGAUCGAUAGCUCUCGCAUGUCGUACGUGCUCACAACCCGAACAUCUCAAUCGUGACAGAGUCAUUAUCGCAUAUGGAGAAGUUUUGUGGUUCGGAGGACACGUCACAGGGUUGACGCUCAUUUCGUUCGCACUGAUGGUCCGUGUCUCCCAACGUUUCGAAGUCAUAUCUUUCGUGAGCUCACUCUCGCACCCGUCACUCCAAAAAAGGUCGUCUCGUCCCUCGUCGCGGCUUCAUCCGACAUCGCCAACUUCCUUUCCGGUGCAUCGAUCGUCACAAAAGCGGGAGGAGCUUCGUCGGCGGGCUACUUGUGGAUGUUUGCAAACUGCUUCGUUUCGGCUGGGUUCGUGCUCGCGAUGCGCAAGCGGAUCAAGAUCACCAAUUUCAGGUCCGUACCUGGUCGUCGCGGUCCGAGCGGAGAGUGAUCUUAUUGGGUAUGAUCUUGUUCGUGCAGUGAUUGGGACACGUUGCGGUACAACAACUUGUUGUCGAUCCCCGUGCUCGCCUUCUUCUCUCUCCUCCUCGAGGACUGGUCCAGCGAAUCACUCGCAGCCAACUUGUGCGUACAUUUGGCAGCCCAUGGAUUAUCAUAACCAAAGCAUCUUCAGACUCACCCAAGUGGGUUGCCGAAUUCUUUGUACAGCCCCGAAAAGAACCGCUUUGCCCUCCUCUCCCUCAUGGCCUUCUCCGGAGCCGCAGCCGUAGGGAUCUCCUUCUGCACGGCCUGGGUCAUCCGGACAACAAGUUCGACGACGUUCUCCAUGGUUGGCGCAUUAAACAAGCUGCCCGUCGCGGCGAGUGGGAUCUUGUUUUUUGGGGGUAGGUCCUUUGGCGGUGGGUGGAGUGAAAGAGAAGGGGGGACUGACAUCUGAGUUUUCAUGGGCACUUGUAGAUGCAGCGACGGUCGCGAACGUGGUCGGAAUUCUUUUCGGUUUCAUUGCUGGACUAGUAUGUAAGCUUCUCGUCAUGUUCCACCUAAGAAGGGCACUUAAGGGAGGAAACGGCAUCUGA